AUGUCUGCCAACAUCGUGAAUGCGACAGGGAUAGAAUGCCUCAUACAGCAGCGCUAUCCCGGCACCUCUCGCGAUGAAGCCUAUGUCAGACUCUUCGAUGACCUGAAGCCUCUUAUGAAUCCUGCUGCGGUAGGAUGGCACAACUUCAUACAAGCCCUUGCAAUUCUCCUCAACAAGCCAGUUUAUAGUCUCGCUGAAUCUGCAGGUCGUACAGCCCAGCGCAUCCUUGGAGCCGUUUCUCAGAACACUUCGGAGACGUCCCAGCCCGUCAGAAAUAAACCAAAUGACAUCUCGGAUCAGACGAUGAUACAGAUACUCCGCAAUCUCGCAGCGGCUGCCGGGGAUCUUCCAGAAGUGGUAUCAAGUACCGGUUCCGAUGGCAGUGAAGAGUACAAGAUUCAACACAGCUCCGAUGGGUACGUAGCUGGAAUCCACCAGGAUAAUCAAAGCCAACAGGUCAUUAACAAAACAAUAAACAGCUUCUCUAGAGGCGGACCCCGAGUGUUCAGAGUCUUCAAUAACUCCUUCAAUGCUGGGCGUGAAUUUACCGCCGUCUUUGCUACCUGUGCUCUGUCGACUACGGCCCUUACUAUACAGACAAAAGCGAAGGAGUUACGGGCCAUCGGAUUAAACCCCAAGGACAUUCCUGAUGAGACAAGCUAUCAGACGACACCAAUGGUCCAGGGCUGGAAGUUCCACGGCUUCGGAUAUUUCAUCUACAAGUUCGUCGACAAUGAAACUAAGACUGUUGGCGGAGGAAAGGCCGAUGGACGUCAUGCCUUUUAUGUCUUCAAUCCGACAACCAGUGCCAACGAAGAGUUCAGGACACAGGUCCAAAAGAGGCCCUUACAAGCCUCAUUUGGCGGGAUGUGCUCCGAUCUCGAGGCUGUUUUCCUUCUUAUGUGGCAAAACCGUCGGUCGCUUCGAAAGAGAGACCCGGAAAAUGCAGAUAACGUGAUAUUCCACUUGCUGGUUCCGGCAAAGAGGACUUUCGCUAUUGCAGACAGAAUGGCCAUCGAUGAUGGAGUGGGGAAGCUAAUAAUUAAAGGGCAUACGGACGAAGGUGCCUGCUAUGCGUGGUUCAAUUUUGUAUCUUUGCCACGGCAAGUGGUACUACAUGAUGUCGGAAACCUUAACAGAGACUCUGCCGAUCUCGACAGAUCAUGGAAACGUGAGAAGAGCGGUGCACUUGCAUUCUUCGGCUGCGGGCUCAUGGCAAUUAUCACCGGUUUUUUUAUCCCUCCGGCAGCGCCAUACUUUGCUUGGCUGUGUUUUGCAUCGUUGGCAGUGACAUUGAAGUAUGGCGUACUGGAUGAACUGCGACGGAGUUACCGAUCUCCUUCUCGUACUCUCGGUCCUCCGUCAGAUGUUCGUCGAGAAAGAAAGAAAGAUUGAUAUGUAGUGACCUAACUGAGAUUUGUUAGUUGCUUGGUUCCCUUUCGAAGAAUUUGACCGUUUUGGGAGAAUUUUUCUGAUAGUCAUCGUAGAGGUAGCCGAGGGGGAUACACAGAAUAACAAAG